UCAAUGUGCAGCUUAUAACAUUUUAGAAGACUCUGAAGAAGGUGAUUCAGCAUUACUAAUUUUUGUAUAGACUUUUUUUUAUUUGCACUUGAAUAAAGUUCAGAAAUAGAGCGCCCUCGUACUCAAUCAAAACAUCCGCCCACACAAUGAUCCCGGUAGACGAAAAAGUAACUGUUCAGAAUGUGAAGUGAUAUCUGCGCGUGUUUCUAUUAGACGUAUCAGAGAGACAGAGUAUGAUUGAUGGAUUAGUCUGAAUGCUGCACGUGAAAUCGGCAUGAGUCUGAUACGACACUGCAUUACUUUCUUUCACUGCCUAAUACUUUGUCAUUGUUUGAAGCGUCCACAUAUUAUUUUGUUCAUUGCCGAUGAUUACGGGUAUAGCGACAUUGGAUAUCAUGGAUCGCACAUAAAAACUCCACAUCUAGAUAGAUUGGCGUUAUCUGGAGUAAGGCUAAAUAAUUACUACGUGCAGCCAAUUUGCUCGCCUACGAGAGCACAACUUAUGACCGGCAAAUACUCAAUUCAUCUGGGACUGCAGCAUUCAUACAUUAAGCCUGCGCAGCCAAAUUGCUUACCAUUUCGAGAGACGACGCUUGGAGAAAAACUACAGCGAAUAGGCUACCGGACGAAUCUCGUCGGUAAAUGGCAUUUGGGAUUUCAUAAAAAGCAUUGCUGGCCAACAAGCAGAGGUUUUGAUCAUUUCUUUGGAUUCCUAACUGGUGCAGAGGAUUUUUAUACACAUGAAAGUGAUUAUCUGUUCCCUGGAAAACGUAAGCUGUGGAAAGGAUUCGAUUUAAGGGAAGAUGAUGAUAAUAUUGCAUGGAAUUAUCAAGGGUUUUACUCUACUCAUCUGUUUACCAAAAAGGCACAACGAAUCAUAAAAAAACACGAUCCAGCCAAGCCACUGUUUCUUGUCGUGUCCUUCCAAGCCGUCCAUGGACCGCUACAAGUUCCAAAAGAGUAUUUAAAACCAUAUAAAUACAUAAAAAAUGAAAAGAGGAAAAUUUAUGCUGGAAUGGUUUCGUGUAUGGAUGAAGCUGUAGGCAACGUAACAAAAACGCUAAAACAUACUGGAUUGCUGGAAAAUAGCGUCAUCGUAUUUACUACAGAUAAUGGUGGUAGACCUCACUUAGGAGGCUACAAUUGGCCACUACGAGGAGGGAAGAGUUCGCUAUGGGAAGGUGGUCUUCGAGGUCUUGGGUUUAUACAUAGUCCUUUGCUGCCACCAAGAGUCAGAGGAACUGUUAAUGACAAUCUAAUGCACGUCAGCGAUUGGUUUCCAACUUUGGUAGAAGGUGCUGCGCAUGGCUCCGUCGGAAAGCUGGAAUUAGAUGGAUUCAAUAUGUGGCCAGUCUUGAGUGGUGCGACAAAGACGUCGCCAAGGAAGGAAAUCCUACAUAAUAUAGAUCCUUUAAGCCGACAGCCACGUUCUCAACGAGGACUACAAAGUAGGCAAAGGAAACGUUGGCAGAAGUACUUUGAUACAAAUAUUCGGGCGGCUAUCAGAUUCGGCAAGUGGAAGCUUAUAACUGGGCAGCCAGGUGAUGGAUCGUGGUAUAUUCCGCCAGAAUUGUACAAGAACAACAAGCCAAUACGAUCAAAGGAUGAUAAAAUUAAACGUCUUUGGUUAUUUAACAUUGCAGUGGACCCAACAGAGACUAUAGAUCUCAGUCGUAAACGUCCAGAUAUAGUGAGCAUGCUGUUGAAACGACUGUCAUAUUAUCAUAAGCAUUCUAUACCGCCAACAUUCCCAAAGAAUGAUGUAAAGGCUAAUCCAAAGCUAUACAAUCAAACUUGGACCGACUGGAGUUCAAGAAAAGCAAAAACUUGACAGAUAAUUAGCGUGAACACAGAU